AUGGUAGAACAAGAUGAAAAACAAAUCCUACCUUAUAAAGAGUCAGUAGAAAUUGUGAGCUUGGGAGGUGGACAAGAAAAGAAAGAAGUGAAGAUCGGAGUUUGUCUUACCGCAAAGACAAAGCGAGACCUCAUUGAGUUACACCAAGAAUUCAAAGAUGUCUUCGCAUGGUCGUAUCAAGACAUGCCUGGUCUAAAUACUGAUAUCGUGAAACACAAUCCUGGUGUAUGGGAUGAGGAAUGCCAAAAGACUUUUGACAAGGUCAAACAUUACUUGUCCAAUGCCCUAGUGCUAAUGCCACCCAGCCUAGAUAAGUUGCUGAUACUGUACUUGGCAGUAUUCGAGAAUUCCAUGAGAUGCGUGCUUAGUCAACAUGAUGAGUCAGGAAGAAAAGAAAGAUCGAUAUACUAUCUCAGUAAGAAAUUCACUGAAUAUGAGACAAGAUAUCUGCCAAUCGAGAAGUUGUGUUGUGCCUUGAUCUGGACAACUCGAAGACUAAGACAGUACAUGUUGUACCGUACAACUUGGCUUAUCUCAAAAAUAGACCCUCUGAAGUACAUGAUGGAGUCGACUGCUUUGAAUGGAAGAAUAACUUGGUGGCAAAUUCUACUUUCCGAGUUUGAUAUAAUCUAUGUGAAUCAGAAGGCUAUAAAAAGGAGUGCAAUAAUAGAUUUUCUAGCCAGUAGAGCUCUAGAAGAUUACGGGCCUCAAAACUUUGAUUUCCCAAAUGAAGAUCUGAUAGCUUCAAACACUGUGGGUAACAAAAUUGGGGCAGUCCUGGUAUCCUCAAAUGGAGAUUAUUAUCCCUUUGCCAGUAAAUUGGAUUUUGAUUACACGAAUAAUAUGGCGGAAUAUGAAGCAUGCAUCAUGGGUAUCCGUGCAGCCAUAGAAUGCAAGAUCAAUGAUCUAGAGAUAGCUGACGCCUUAGCUACUUUAGCUUCUGUGAUCAAAGUAAGCAAAAAAGAAGAUGUAAAACCUAUCCAGAUGAGUAUUUAUAAGGCUUCAGCCCAUCAUUACAACAUCGAGGAAGAAGAAAAGGAUGACCACCCUUGGUACAACGAUAUACUACGAUACGAAUCGUGA